GAUUUGGAAACGCGGAGAAGUUUUCCUGUGUUGCGGGCUAACAAUGGACACUCAGAAGGACGUUCAACCUCCAAAGCAGCAACCAAUGAUAUAUAUCUGUGGAGAAUGUCACACAGAAAAUGAAAUAAAAUCUAGGGAUCCAAUCAGAUGCAGAGAAUGUGGAUACAGAAUAAUGUACAAGAAAAGGACUAAAAGAUUGGUCGUUUUUGAUGCUCGAUGAAACCUGGGAAUUCAGAGGAAUGUCUUCACUUAUACUUAAUUUGCUCUCUCAAUGUUUCUAAUUGUUGUAUAGAUUUCGAUUUUGCAUACAGUAGUUUCCCCUUAUCUUCAGGGGAUGCAUCCCAAGGCCCCCAGUGGACUCCUGAAACCUCAGAUAGUACCAAACCUUUAUACACCUUUUUUCUAUAUAUACAUACCGAUGAUAAAGUGUAAUGUAUAAAUUAAGCAUAGCAAGAGAUUAAUAAAAUAGAACAACGAUAACAUACUGCAAUAAAGUUAUAUGAAUGUGGUUGGUCUUUCUUGCUCUCAAAAUAUCUUCUUAUACAGUGUACAGUACUCACCUGUUUUUGGAUGUCGUUGACUACAGAUAACUGAAA